AUGCCCCCUGGGGGAAGACCACCAAGGGGACGAGCGGGGCGGAACAACGACAGAUACUGGGAAUUUCAGCAGCAACAACAACGCUCGUGGAACUACGAUGUUCGUGUGGAGGAACUUGACACCGACGACGAUUACUCGCCGUACGGUGUCGAGCCCGAUCAGGGUUAUGGUCGAUCAAGAUUUCGUUCAGAUGAGCUUCACUUUACUGGCAUAGAUUUAGGCGGGGGCGUUGUCCGCCGGCGGCGUUCGGGUGAUUCAUUCGGCAAUGAUUUGACUCCAUCCGAUGACGAGGACGAGGAUGAUCCUUCAUCGAGGCUCAUUCGAAGAUCAGACAUGCAGAUGGCUUACAGGGAGAAAGAAGACAUGCUCGUGCAGAGGGCCCUGGAGAGGAUCGCGCGCGCCCGGGCUCUGGGUAAGCCCAACGUCAAGUUGAGUCGAGCUGAGAUUGAUGCUUUAAAACGCUUAGAGCUCGACCGGAGCCAGACUCCUCCCCAGGCCCCUGCAGCAGCACCACAACAGAUCGCUCCCAAAAGCAAAAAGGAAGGCCCGCUGGUCAAGCGCAAGCCGGUCGAGGUCCGCAAAGCGUCGGGCAAGACCAACGGCAAGUCGUCCGGCGGCUCUCCCACAAAAGGCAAGGCGGCAGACAACCGCAAUCGUGGGAGGAGCUCUGCGUCCAACAGCUCUCCACGCGAGAAUCCAGACACCGCCGUGGCUACCUAUCCACUACCCCCGGCAGAUCUGGACUAUGACCGCAGGAUGCCGUACCCGCAGGGAUAUUAUGUGACGGGCCCCCGUCAGCACGAGUUGCUGCGGCAAGGUUCUCGCACGAACUCCAAUCAGUCUCUGCGACAACAACAAAUGCCGCCGGUGCCGCCAGUGCCUCCUUAUCAGCAACACCCUUAUUAUUCACAUCGCUAUUCAUCCAAUCCAGACGUUCUCUACAACAGGCACGGUUCCAACUCUCCUCGCGCCGCACGGCCUGACCCGUCCGAGCCCGACUGGGAACCCCGCGCUCGCUCAACUUCCAGUCUGGUCAACGUUCCCCUGGAUCAGCUGCCCUACCAGACGAGCGUGGGGAGGGCGCCACGGUUUGACCCUGCCGAUCCACGCUUUGCCUCACCGCAGCGUCGAGUCGUGUCUGGCCCACCCGGUGUGCCACACAACCAAGCUGGGCAGUAUCGCCGUCUACAAGACGAACUGUUUCUUCCCGACGAGCGGCCGGAGGUCUACGACUACCUGGCCCCGUCUGACACGGACAAACACGACGUCGACGACGACGACGACGACGGUAGCGACUACACCCCUGAAGAGGAAGUGGUUGACGUCAAGGAAAGACCGGGUGGUGAAUAUGCUAUUCAGACACGAAGUGCCGUCGUGGGGACAACAACAACAACAUCAUCAUCAUCGCAAAGGGUUCGGGGUAAUGGGAAAAACAUGGCUGGGAAAAGUAAAAAGGGCAGAUAG